GAUCACAACAGAAUCAACCAGAGGAGGAGGAGCAAGAGAAGGAGACUCUAUAACGAUGCCGUACUACACCAAAGACGACGCUGACGUGGAUGACUUCGACGAGUACGAUCCAACACCGUAUAGCGGAGGCUAUGACAUCACCGUGACGUACGGCCGCUCACUCCCGCCGUCCGAAGAGAAUUGUUACCCUCUCUCGUCUCUCUCCGGUGACGCCUUUGAGUACCAGAGGCCCGUGUUCUCUUCCAGCCACGAGCCUUCUGCUUAUGACAACCAGGCUCUCAACACUGAGUACAGUAGCUAUGCCCGACCCAAAACCAAGCAUGGAUCUGGAUACGGUGGAAGAAAGGAGAACGAGGGAGAUUACAAGAAAUCAAGUCGCAAUGAUGAUGAUGAUGUUGAUAAGAAAGAGAGCCAAGACCACAAAAAAUACAGUGGCAAGAACACUGAUGAUGAGAAGAGCAAGACGAAGGAGAAGAACAAGGAUAAAAAGAAAGAUGACGAUGAUUAUGAGAAGAAGAAAAAGGACAAGAAACAAUACAAGGACCAUCAUGAUGAUGAGUAUGAUGAGAAAAAGAAGAAGAAGGACCAUUAUGACAAUGAUGAUGAGAAAAAGAAGAAGGAUCAUUAUGACAAUGAUGAUGAGAAGAAGAAGAAAGACUAUCGUGAUGGUUAUGAUGAAAAGAAGAAGAAGAAGGACCAUCAUGACAGUGAUGAUGAGAAGAGUAAGAAGAAGAAGGAUCACUACAAACACAACAAGGGACAUCGUGAAUACGAUGACUAAAUAACCUUCUUGCUCCGGGAUUACAUCUCUUUAAGUGUCUAUCGCUGAUUAAGAAACCAACGCACACUUUUUUUUUUAGUUUUUGGCAACUGUUAUUUUGUUUAUUGUUUCGAAAUUGUGCUACCUUCUUUAAGACUUCAAGAAGCCAUGAUA